AUGCAGGGGACCUGGAUGGUGCUGUUGGCACUGGUAUUGGCCACCUGCGGGGAGCUUGCCCUGGCCUUGCAGUGCUAUACCUGUCAGGAUCCUGUGAGCGUGUCCAACUGUGUCACCGUCACCAUCUGCCGAAUCAAUGAAACCAUGUGCAAGACCACGCUCUAUUCCCGGGAGAUUGUGUUCCCUUUCUUGGGGGACUCCACGGUGACCAAGUCCUGCGCCAGCAAGUGUGAGCCCUCAGACGUGGAUGGCAUUGGGCUAACCCGGCCAGUGUCCUGCUGCAAUUCUGAUCUGUGCAACGUGGAUGGGGCCCCCACCCUGGGCAGUCCUGGUGGCCUGGUCCUUGCCCUGGUCCUGAUCUUUCUCUUGGAACUCCUGCUGUAA